AUGAAAUCACUUAUAAUAGAUGUAGAAAAUAUCAAAGAAAGUAAAUUUGGACAGGAAACCGUUGUUAUUAGGGAUGUUCAAGAUCAAGGUCACCAGUGUGACCAUAGAUUCCCUUUCUCUGUCGUCCAAGCACGGCCCCACCCAUAUGUGGACAACUAUAUAAAGCUCAGACACAGCAGCUGUAUUAUCAUAUACGUUCUGACUUCUCACAAUGAUCUCAAAGACCGCCGUCGUGUUGUGGCUGUCGCUGUAGCUACUCCCUCACAGCCCACGUAUGGCUAUACCCCGGAACCCACAUAUGAGGAACCUGCCAAGUACGACUUCAACUACGCUGUAAAGGACGACUACUCCGGCAACGACUUCGGCCACCAGGAAGCUCGUGAUGGGUACAACACCCAAGGUUCCUACUACGUCCUCCUUCCCGACGGUCGUCUGCAGAAGGUGACCUACACUGUUAACGGCGACUCUGGCUACGUGGCUGAGGUCAGCUACGAGGGUGAGGCCAGCACUCCGAGUACAAACCUGCUCCUACCUACAAGCCUACCCUGCUUACAAGCCUGCUGCUGA